AUGGGAGCCUCCAAAAUAGACGGCACUGCCAUCGCAAAGGCCAUCAGAGAACGCCUGCACGGCGAGAUCAAGGAGACCCAACAAUCGAACCCGCGCUUCAAGCCUUCCCUCGUCAUCUACCAAGUGGGCGACCGAUCGGAUUCCAGUACCUAUGUUCGCAUGAAGCUCAAGGCUGCUGAAGAGGCAUCCAUCAUCUGCACACAUGUCCAAUUGCCGGCGGACACCCCUCAGUCUGAUAUACUCGCUCGUAUCACAUCCGACAACAAUGACCCCUCCGUUCAUGGCAUCUUGGUUCAGCUGCCUCUGCCAGAUCACAUGUCUGAGCAUGCCGUUACCUCUGCUGUUUCUCCCGACAAGGACGUCGACGGUUUCGGUACCUUGAGCAUCGGCGAGCUGGCCAAACGUGGAGGGAAGCCAACCUUCAUUCCAUGUACUCCCCAGGGUGUCAUGGAACUGCUCUAUGCUAGUGGGGUAGAAAUCGCUGGCAAGCAUGCCGUUGUCCUUGGACGAAGUGAUAUCGUUGGCAGCCCCGUCAGCUACCUGCUCAAGAACGCCGAUGCAACGGUCACUACAUGCCACUCCAGGACAAAGAACAUUGAAGAGAUCAUUAAGUCGGCUGACAUCCUUGUGGCCGCCAUUGGGAAGCCAGAGUUCGUCAAGGCGGACUGGCUCAAACCUGGCGUGGUAGUCAUUGACGUUGGAACCAACUACAUACCCGAUGCCAGCAAGAAGUCUGGCCAGCGGCUUGUAGGUGAUGUCGACUACGCAGCCGCCGUGGAGGUGGCCUCGCAGAUUACCCCUGUUCCCGGUGGUGUAGGCCCAAUGACAGUAGCCAUGCUACUUCAGAACGUUGUCAAGUCCGCACGCUCCUACUUUAACAAGGAACGUAGCCGCAUCAUCAACCCGCUCUCCAUCACCCCCAAGACACCAGUGCCCUCUGACAUUGCCAUCUCCCGGGCUCAGCAACCAAAACCAAUUACUCAGGUUGCGUCUGAAGUAGGCAUUGCACCCCAUGAACUCGAGCCCUACGGCCACACCAAGGCCAAGGUCAGUCUCGAUAUCCUCUCCCGCUUGGGACAUCGUCGAAAUGGCCGAUACAUCCUCGUCUGCGGUAUUACGCCUACUCCCCUGGGCGAGGGCAAGUCCACAACUACUAUGGGUCUCACUCAGGCCCUUGGGGCUCACUUGAACCGCGUCGUUUUUGCCAACGUUCGCCAGCCUAGCCAGGGCCCAACCUUCGGCAUCAAGGGAGGUGCUGCAGGAGGUGGAUACAGUCAGGUCAUCCCCAUGGACGAGUUCAACCUACACUUGACGGGAGACAUUCACGCUAUCACCGCAGCAAACAACCUGUUGGCCGCUGCCCUGGAGACUCGUAUGUUCCACGAAUCCACCUCGCCCGACGCUGGCCUGUACAGGCGCCUUGUUCCCGCUAAGAAGGGAAAGCGUGAGUUCCAGCCGAUUAUGUUCCGUCGGUUGAAGAAGCUGGGAAUCACCAAGACGGAUCCUAACGAGCUUACUCCUGAGGAGAUCAAGAGAUUUGCCAGACUGGACAUUGAUCCAGAGACCAUCACCUGGCGUCGUGUCCUGGAUGUCAACGACCGACAUCUACGUACCAUCACCGUCGGCCAGGCUGCUACUGAAAAGGGCCAUACCAGACAGACCGGCUUUGACAUCUCUGUGGCAUCCGAGUGUAUGGCCAUCCUAGCUCUCAGCAAUGACUUGGCUGAUAUGCGUGAGCGACUGGGCCGCAUGGUAGUUGCCUCAUCCCGCUCCGGUGAGCCUGUCACCUGUGACGACAUCGGUGCUGGCGGUGCAUUGACUGCUCUCAUGAAGGACGCAAUCAAGCCAAACCUGAUGCAGUCUCUCGAGGGAACUCCUGUGUUCGUCCACGCCGGCCCCUUCGCCAAUAUAAGCAUCGGCGCCAAUUCAGUGGUGGCUGACAAGCUGGCUCUUAAGCUGGCCGGUACUGAGCCAGAUGAAGACCACGACUCCACUACUGGCUUCGUGGUGACCGAAGCCGGCUUUGACUUCACGAUGGGUGGUGAGAGAUUCUUCAACAUCAAGUGCCGCUCUUCAGGCCUUGUACCAGACACGGUGGUCAUCGUCGCUACUGUUCGUGCAUUGAAGGUCCAUGGUGGCGGGCCAGACAUCACCCCCGGAGCCGCACUGCCAGAAGCUUACAGAAAGGAAGACAUAGAGCUGCUACGAAAGGGCUGUGUAAACCUACGCAAGCACAUCAGCAAUGCCAAACGCUAUGGCGUCCCUGUGGUGGUAGCCAUCAACGUCUUCGAGACUGACACCGCUGCCGAACAUGCCGUCAUCCGCGAGGAGGCAAUCGCAGCAGGCGCCGAGGACGCAGUGCCAGCAAACCACUGGGCCUUGGGCGGCAAGGGAGCCGUCGAAUUGGCCGAAGCAGUCAUCAAGGCAUCCGCCCAGCCCAAGAACUUCUCUUUCCUGUAUGGACUGGAGGGAAGCGUGCAGGAACGUAUUUCCACCAUUGGCCGGGAGAUGUACGGUGCCAGCGCAGUCGAGUUCAGCGAGCUUGCUGCACGCAAGGUUGAGAUGUAUGAGAAGCAGGGCUACGGCAAUCUGCCUAUCUGCAUUGCCAAAACACAGUACUCUCUCAGCCACGACCCGGCUCUCAAGGGAGCCCCAGAAGGCUUUGUGGUGCCCAUCCGGGACGUUAGACUUGCUGUUGGAGCUGGAUACUUAUAUGCCCUUGCUGCGGACAUCCAGACGAUCCCUGGCCUGCCUACUGCUCCAGGCUACCUGAAUGUUGAUGUCGACGCUGAGACAGGCGAAAUCGAUGGGCUCUUCUAG